UUUGUUGAAGUUACCUACGAUCGGAACACAGACGGAAUAACCAAAGCUGGCCACCUACAACCAACUGCAAGAUGUAAAUGCAAUUGAACAAUCCCAUAACAUAGCUUCUACUUUUCUUCUCUCUAUCACACCUUCUUCUUUCCCUUCCCCGCAUAUUUCAAUGUUUCAUCAAUCACUUUUCCAUCCUUGUUCAUUUUCCUUCUCCUCAAUUCCAUCUCCAAAAUCUUCCUAUUUUUCUUCAACUUUCACACUUCGAUGCCAGACCAAGGACCAAUCGCUUUCACUUUCCGAUAUACCGAACAAGAGUGGACCCUAUCCAGGUGGGUUGGGUCCAUUCACUGGGAGAGACCCCAACGUAAAGAAGCCGCAAUGGUUGAGACAGAAAGCUCCUCAGGGUGAAAGAUUUUCUCAAAUUAAACAAUCCAUCUCUCAGUUGAAACUCAACACUGUUUGUGAAGAAGCACAGUGCCCUAAUAUAGGAGAGUGUUGGAAUGGAGGUGAUGAUGGUAUUGCAACGGCUACAAUCAUGGUUCUAGGUGAUACAUGCACUCGUGGAUGUAGAUUUUGUGCCGUGAAGACCAGCAGUAACCCAGCGCCUCCGGAUCCUAUGGAACCGGAAAAUACUGCCAAGGCCAUUGCCAGUUGGGGUGUGGAUUAUAUUGUCAUAACAAGUGUGGACCGAGAUGAUAUACCUGAUGGAGGAAGUGGGCAUUUUGCACAAACUGUGAAAGCUAUGAAGAAUAUCAAACCUGAGAUCAUGGUUGAGUGUUUAACCUCUGAUUUUCGGGGAGAUCUAAAGGCCGUAGAAACUCUGGUUCACUCAGGUUUAGAUGUCUUUGCUCACAACAUUGAGACAGUCAAACGGCUCCAAAGACUUGUUAGAGAUCCCAGAGCUGGGUAUGAACAAAGCUUGGCAGUUCUAAACCAUGCAAAACAAAGCAAGGAGGGUAUGAUAACAAAAUCUUCGAUAAUGUUGGGCCUUGGAGAAUCUGAUGAUGAGGUGAAGAAAACAAUGAUGGAUUUAAGGGCCAUAAAUGUGGAUAUUCUGACUCUUGGUCAGUACUUGCAGCCGACUCCUUUGCACUUGACAGUUAAAGAGUAUGUUACGCCUGAGAAGUUUGACUUCUGGAAAGAAUAUGGGGAGUCUAUCGGUUUUCGUUAUGUAGCCAGUGGCCCACUGGUACGAUCUUCAUACCGAGCUGGAGAGCUGUUUGUACAGACAAUGGUAAGAGAAAAGACCAAGCAUGUAGAGGGCUCAUUAUUAUAAGUCGUUGCUCUGUGAUUAUGGAUAUAUAGCUAGCGACAAGAGAUGAUGAAAUUUCCGCUGCUUGUGCAAUUGCUGCACAGAAAAAAUGGUUAGCUAUACAAGUGUCUUCUAUUGCUUUGGAGUGAAGAUAUCAAGAUUUUUUUUUGUCAAUUAUAUGAAUGAAUUUGUUGCAGUGAGAAGUUCUAAUCAAUUAAUCCAUAAUUCAUUAGCACAGAUAUGAUUCUGUGAUAUUUAUAGUUUUUAUUUCAAUACGAUAAUAGUGGAUAGGCUUAUUAAACUUAUAACGGGUUGUAAACGAUUUAACAUUUUUGUCACUUACUAGUAUGUAAUUCUUUUUAUAGAAAACAUAUAAGUAUUAAGAAUA